AUGUCACACAAACGAUCCCAUCAUCAUCACCAUCCCAAACGAUUCAGACGCUUUCUUUCCCAGCGCCUACAACAACGCGAUACAACAACAGACAACAAUGACGACGACACACCCAAGCCAUUAACCAAGGAUCAGCAAGAAGCCAUUGACACAUUGUCACACUAUGCACAACAAGAACUCGGAUUGACUUCGUUGGAUCGCCAUGUCUACAAUGUCAUUUUGGAAAUGUGGUCGUGGGAUAUGGACAAGGCUAGGGAAGAAGUCAUUGACUAUCGAGAAACUGAACGCGGGAUGCUAUGGUCGUUGCCACGGCAACUGGGCUAUAUGGCUGGCAGCGAGAAUGAUGCAAAGACAAGUUGUUACAUUGAUAGCUUGUUGUUUGCCAUGUUUAUUGGAUUAUCGGCAUUUGAUCCUCUAUUGGCACACAAGAUACCAGAAAAUGAUGAAGCCAAGCAGCGUUUGCUUUUGUUGUUGCGGCUAUUUGUCAACAAGCUACGCAAAGGCCACUUGAUCCGCACCCAGCUUGUACGACAAUUACGAUACGCUUUACAAAUGAACGCGUGGAUUGGCGUGGAUGAACGUGGAAGAUGGACCCAAGAAGAUGCCAGUGAAUUGUUCAUGUUUCUUACGCAAACAUUCAACAUGCCGUAUCUACCGUUUCAACGGCGACUAUUCCAUGGAGCAGAGCGUGAUAAAGAAGAUGAUCGCGUGACCACCGAUCGUACAUUGGCCCUUUCUGUACCACCUGACAUGUCCAGCACUACGGUUGAGCAAUUACUUACGGAUCAUUUCUACAACAAUGUGGUGACUGAUAUUCGACGACAGCAACCCACUGACCCUGAAAAGAAAAAGCUGAUGAUGGGAGAAGAGGAGGAUGGAUCGGUGACCGUGGCAGCAUGGCAAGUGCUUGAAUUACUCCCGUUUUGCAGUUUCCAGAGUGAGCAAGGAUAUACCAACAUGAGUCAAGGACAACAACAGCAAUUUGUGCUUCCGUUAGUAUUGAAUCGAUACCAAUAUCAUGUGGUGAAUGGAAGAACGACGUAUCGAAAGAUCAAGACCUUGGUCGAUAUUCCCCAAACGAUCAGCUUUCGACAAUUCAUCAAUCAGAAUACUGAGGAUCCUUAUUGCUCAAUUUGCAAACACACGACUCCUUAUUUGCUUCGUUUACGGGGUGCAGUAUGCCAUAAGGGUGACUCGGUUCAUGCUGGUCAUUAUGUUGCUUAUGCAAGGACAUGUCAUGAUGAAGAAGUGGAUAAUAAUGAUGCAUGGCUCAAAUUGGAUGAUAUGGAUACACGCCAACGUGUCAUGUCCCUGAAAAGCUACGAUUCUGCACGAGAUGAUUUAUCCAAGGAUGCUUAUAUGCUGUUUUAUGAAUUGAUUAAAUCGUGCAGGCACACGGAUGAUCCCAAGAAUGGUGGCCCCUCGGUUCAAACAGUAGAAGCUGUAGCCUAUCCAUUCCCCGAAUCUUCAUCCUCAUCAUCCUCCUCCUCCAAACAACGACAUUCCCAUUCAUGCAUCAUUAGUUGA